AACCAGGUCCCAUGGAACAAAGAAGUGGACCUGUGUUGGCACACGCUGGUGCGUGGAGUGUCAGAUGAAUGUGAACCUGAGUGGUGUGACUCAGAAGACCCUCUCUUCAUCCUUUACACCAGCGGCUCAACCGGCAAACCAAAGGGUGUUCUUCACACGGUCAGCGGCUACAUGCUGUACACCGCCACCACCUUCAAGUUGGUGUUUGACUACCAGCCCAACGAUGUCUACUGGUGCACAGCAGAUAUUGGUUGGAUUACUGGACACUCAUACAUCGUCUGGCCACUGGCUAACGGGGCCACUAGUGUCCUGUUUGAGGGCCUGCCGAUUUACCCAGACAUGAGCCGUAUGUGGCAGAUUGUGGAUAAAUACAAUGUGAGUAAGUUCUACACAGCUCCCACCGCCAUUAGACUUCUGAUGAAGCACGGCAGUGAGCCAGUGCAGAAGUGUAAGCGAGAGUCUCUGAAGGUGUUGGGGACAGUGGGCGAGCCCAUCAACCCAGAGGCUUGGCAUUGGUACUACAAUGUGGUUGGAGAAAAGAGAUGUCCCAUUGUCGACACCUUCUGGCAGACGGAGACUGGUGGACAUGUGUUAACGCCUUUACCUGCAGCCACACCGCUAAAACCUGGAUCUGCUACAUUUCCGUUCUUUGGAGUUGUGCCGGCCAUUCUGAAUGAGUCUGGAGAGGAGCUGGAGGGACCAAGUGAAGGAUACCUGGUGUUCAAACAACCGUGGCCUGGUGUGAUGAGGACAGUGUAUAGAAACCACCAGAGGUUUGAAACCACCUACUUCAAGAAGUUCCCUGGAUACUAUGUGACGGGAGACGGUUGCCAUAGAGACAAAGAUGGCUACUACUGGAUAACAGGGAGGAUAGAUGACAUGUUGAAUGUUUCAGGUCACUUAUUAAGUACGGCAGAGGUGGAAUCUGCUCUCGUAGCGCAUGAAACUGUAGCAGAGGCUGCUGUUGUUGCCAGACCUCAUCCUGUCAAAGGAGAAAGCCUCUAUUGCUUCGUCACGCUCACUGAUGGCGUGACGUACGACAGCAGGCUGGAGGCGGAGCUGAAAAAACGAGUGAGGGAGAAGAUCGGUGCCAUUGCGACACCAGACUACAUCCAGAAUGCACCAGGACUCCCCAAGACCAGAUCUGGUAAGAUCAUGAGACGAGUGCUUCGCAAAAUCGCCUGUGGCGAACGUGACCUGGGUGAUAUCUCCACACUGGCUGACUCAUCAGUCAUCGAAGAGCUCUUCCAAAACAGAUGCUGCACCGCGGAGUGACGGCCACAAGAACCUUCAGGUGGAAGCUUCACCUAAAGCUGCACACACCAGUACCCACAAAUACAGCCGAGGAAGAGGAGGAGCAGAAAAUGUCAAGAACGUGUCCAGUAAACAACUGUUAUCUGCAGGUGAAGGUGAUCAGUGUGCAGCAGAGUCAGAAAUUCAGCAAUCCUACUGUCCAUAUAUGCAAGAUACUGCAUCUGCUAAUCAUCAGGAAGA